CACAAGUAUUUCCGCAAUUUUUUAAAACGUUGUCUCAAACGAAGAACGAACACUGUGAAUCGAAGACUUGCAUUAGUAUGCAAAUCGAAUCAACGGAGAGAAAAUCGAUUGCCAUACAGUUUGAGAAUUGAGAUUAGCUAGCUUCUUCAAGCCAUCAAGACCGAUCGCUACGCACAGUAAUUGGACAAUGGCUCCGAGACAAAGAAAUAUUUCGCCUCCAUCACCCGCCACAUCGGAAGACGAAGAUUCGUCUUCAUUCGAUGAUGGCCUAAAGGCUCCUUUGAUACAGGGCGAACAUCCUGCACCAGCUAUGACAGCGAACAAGGUAGAUGCGACCACGAGAGCACCGCCAAAAUCAUUGCGAAUCACUGAAGCUGACAUUGCCAGAGACAAUCACGAUUGGUUCAAUGUUGUUGCAUUGCCGGUUGUGGUCAUCGCGUGUGCUCUGAAUUACGAGUAUCCAUCUUUUCAUUACUCGGGAAAAUAUUUCUGGAGUAUGUGGGCGGUAAGUUGAUCCACUAUUGACCACCGAGAUUCCUUACAUCCGUGCUUUCCUAUGAUCGUAUCGGGAUGACAGGAGUUCUUGUUCUACUAUUUUGAGGUACGGAUCUGACUUGUGUCACCUUUGCUUGUGAUGAAUUUCAUACUUGGGAAAUGGCGUGUGUCGGCACAGGCAACGACAAUGUAUUUCUUCUUGGACUUUUCUUGGGUAACCAUUGUCCCAACUUGCGUAAAAAGUCCUGUUGUUAUCCAGAAGGUAUGUUAUUUUUUCGCAACAGAGACUGGACAAUUGGCUUCAUUUACAAUUUCGAAUCACUCUAAAUUUCAAUGCGCAAAUGUCCAAUGUCAUUCAAUCAAAUCUAUAACCUUUUUUUACUGUAGCAUCACGUCGUCGCCAUGAUAUACCUAUUGGGUCCAAUUUAUUACCCGCAAUAUCGAUGGUUGAUGGGAGCCAUUUUGUCGGUAGAAGUUAACACUUGGUUUUUGAUCCUCCGAAGGUUGGUUUAUCGAAACAACUACUGUCCCAGUGGUUACGCAAAAGUUUCGCCGAUCAUCACCACUGCCGUCUCUACCUUUUUCUACUUCACGUGGAUCACGAUACGUUGUUACCUCUAUCCACACGUUCUAGUCCUCUUUUUUAGCAUGUGGAAAGACGAAAUCGAAAAAACAGGAAAAUAUUUCUACUGGGAACUUCUUUUCAUCCCAGUUCAUGCUGUCCUUUGUGUACUAAAUCUAAAAUGGACGUACGAUUUGUUCCGACCCAUCGUCAAGCGCUGGAUGGGGACAGGUCCGAAAACGGUGGCAGUGUCAAACGGAUUGUAGUUUUCUUUGCUAGAAAGAAUUUAUUCGUUUCCGAAGGGGAUAUAUGAAAGCCCGCAUAAGCCAAAUGAUUUUAUUCGAGAAAGAUAACGCUUACUAGCCAGAGAGAUGAUUGUCACUUGCCAUCAAUGAUCAAGUGUUGAUUAUCAGUUACAUCGAUACGUUGGUGAACAUUUUUUCCCUGACAAGUCACUCGGGAGUUCAGAAUAGCACAGACAAUUUAGUCAGUAGACAACACUUAAAUAAUGUUGCCAGUUUUCA